AUGGCCAUGAUCAGCCCGACCACCGACGCCGCCGCGUCUCGGCCAACCUCGACCGUUGCCUCCCCACGCCACGUCAGGUCAAGAACCCAGAGCAUAUCCAGCGACCGUCCGUCCACGGUUGGCCUCAGCCUGGGCCUGACGGCGCCGCCUGUCUUCGUGUCGCCAGAGCCCGCCUUCAUCGCCGGGUCGGCCGCGUCGCAAAUAGUGACCAACGACCACGAUAGCCACGCCGAUUCUUGGUAUGAUCAGAAUGGCGUAGAGCCGCCCAGCGAGACCGCCUUGGUCACGCCCGCUGCGCUGCAGCUCGUCAACGGAUUUCUCGACCAGCUCCUCUUCAACUUUUUGCAGGUUUCUAAGUCGACGAACCUCUCUGCGCUUCGACCGGCUGUCUCCGAGAUAUUGAAGCCAAAGCUGGCAAAGGACACCAUCACCAAUGCGGACGAGGAGCUUCGCGAGUAUCUGGGUGGCUCGGAUGAGGAGGAUUUCACGGCGCCCGCCAAUCCUCGAAACUGGGAUGUGGAGCUCGUAUGGAAGCGCACGAGACUGCGAUGCAUGGUUUACUCCUCAUUAGGAGACAUGGAGGAAGAGGACGAAGACAUAUACAUGGAGCAGGAGAACCUCGAGAUCGGAGACCACGAACCAACCUCCGACGUCGUUUCUCCCGCAGUCGCCAUCUUCCUGACCUCUGUGCUCGAGUACAUGGGUGAGCUUACCCUGACCGUCGCUGGCCAGGCUGCAUAUCAACGCGUCCGAGCAAACAUCGUCAAGGGUAUAAAGAACGGCACCCGCGAUGCUUCUGAUGCUGGUGAUCGCAUUGUCGUCGGCGAGAUGGAUAUGGAGCGCGUAGCUCUCGACCGGACAUUGGGUCGCUUGUGGCGCGGAUGGAAGAAGCGUGUGCGCGCCCCCGGCCAUGAGACGACGGUGCGGCCCGCUUCAAGAGGUUCAAACAGCCAUUCGAAGCAGGAUUUUGGCUCUCCCGAGCGCCUUACGCCCCGAUCUGCCAUGAGCGACGUUGCUGGGGACGCGCGCAGACCUCAAGAUCGCCCGGACGAUACAAUUGAGGAGGACGUGCUGCCUGCAGACAUUCCCCUCCCAAUGGGCGACAACGACAUUGACGAGAUUGAAGUCCCGGGCCUGGCCCCCAACAGUGACGAUGAGGACGAUGAUGUUAGGCCCGAAGAGAAACCCAUCCGUCGUCGCCCCAAGAGUCUCUCGAUCACGCCUUUCAUAAUCGCCAACGGCUUGCCAACACCGACGACGUCGCAGCCGCACACCCCUGUCGUCGCCGCCGCUCGAAAACGGUCGUCAUCGUUGCCAACGCCCGUGGCAGCAACGUUCCGUGUCGCCAGACGAGCCAGGAAAACUUCGACAGUCGUGAAGACGCCUGAAGCUGAGGACAAGGAGGAGACGGAUGAGGAGGCACGCAUUGGUGGCAAGAAGGCACCACUUCCAGGCGACAGUGAUUCCGAUAGGCGAACCAAUGUGUUGCCCAAGACUCGUGCCGGUAAAACUUCAACGGGGCAGAAGUCUUCAGUUCCAGGCCGAUCCGCUGCUGUGGAAACUCGAGGCUCCGAGUCUUCCGACUACGAGGAUGCGGAGGAGGUGGCCUUUGAGAAGGCGGAAAUCAUGACGUCGUCAAGGGUCUCCAUCACCGGCAGUUCGAGCUCCUUGGUAUCAGAGUCUGGCAAGGUCUCGCCCAUCAAUCGGCCUUCUAGCGUCCAUUCGGCCCGCAUCGUCGAUGUGCCUGGUCCUCGGAGCCCCUCGCAUUCGCGGGCAACAUCGCUUGACAUGACUGAGCGCAACAGAGCAGUCAGCUUGUCCAGCGUGGCCAGUCGAACGAGGCCUCCUUCAUCUCUGGAUGAGCGGAAGCCUAAAGACGACGAGCAACCGCCAACACAUUCGACACAUGUAUCGCGGCCGUCCGUCGAGAGGAAGAAGUCGCCGAGACAAGCCGGACCCGCUAUAUUCGAAUCCGAUGAGGGCUCUGGUCGCCCACAAGCUUCCGCCAAGCAGUCCGCCUCCCCCGAGACUAUUGGCCGUGCCAUUUCUCCGCCUGGUCCUGUUGCAUCUGAUGCUCUCGGCUCUCAGGUGAAGAGGGAACAUGUGACCCCAAGCACCUUUGGGAAGAAGCCAACCUCGUUCGCAACUAAUCGAGAUCACCCGCCCGCUGGCCUGAAGGUGUCCACUUCAAGGAGCGUUAGCUCUGGGCCAUUUAUCGAUGAGACCAUCCCGGAGAUCCCGCAAAAGUCACCAGUUCACUCUGGCUGGCAGAGCCCCAAGGCCGACAGCCGUGGCAUGCACUCGAUUGAGCGCUUCAGAACGAAGGAGACGGACGACGACAUUUCAUUACCGAUGCAGAGCAACGUCGCUCCUCGGCAGAUUCACACGUCGGCGUCGUCGGUCUCAUCGGGCACCUCCAGAUUGAAGCCCGUGCGGACGUCGGAGGAUAGCUCCAGUCGUGCCGAAAGUGUGGCGCGCAACUUUGAACAGCUUAUUCAGAGCAACCAAACGAUAACAUAUACUCUCACACCGGAGAACAUGCGCGACAUUGACUCUAAGCGAUCAAUCGACAGCCCGGUUGUGACCAAAUUCUCAAAAAGAAGCGAGGACAUUCGCGGCCAGAGCUCGCCGCGAACGCCCACGAUUCCGGACGGGCCAAGGUCGCCAUUGACUCAGCAGCCAAAGACCCCCACCAGCCCCAGAGCCGUUGAGAGCAAAGGAGGCAGGGGCCCAGGUCCUGUGUCUCGCUCAUCUCCAGGACUGGCCGGUUCGACGGUUCGAGUUGGAAGCCCCAAAGCUCGAGAGGCCCGUGUUCCUCGGGAGUCGACGUCAGACUUCGCCGAGUUCAUCAAGUCCACGGGCCCGGCUGGGGACAGAGCCCCAGUUCGCAAGCCAAGCGUGCCCACGCCGACGAGCCCUGUGGUCAACAGCAUGCCGGCUCGCCGGGUCUCGACAGCGAGCACCCGCGCCCGGUACCAGCCUCGCGAGGCGGCGGUGGACACCAGGAACGAUAACUCGGAUCUGAUUGACUUCAUACGCCAAGGCCCUCCAAUUGCCACCAGCGGCCACCGCAUCCCUCGCCAUGUCGCCCCGUUCCGCUCUACCAUGGACUCGGACCAGAUGUCGGGUGCUAUCGGAGGUAAAGCGGUGGACGCGACCAUCCCCGAGAUCCGGUACAGCCAGGCAUCCACCAACGUCACCGACAACUCCAUGCCAUCUAUGCAGUCAUCCGUCAACUCUAGCUCCGCGCUUCUUAAAAACAAGGCUGUGCCUGCUCCGACUUCGGGAUUCGACGACCAAGGCAUGAUACCUCAGCGUAAACAGAGACGCGUACGCGAUCCGUAUAGCAUUGAUUUCAGCGAUGACGACGAGGAGGACAUCUUCACGCCCAAGCCGCCUGUUAAGAAGGAGGAGAGCUUGGCAGAAUUCCUACGCAAUUACGACCCGCCUCCGGAGCCUCCCAGCUCACCCCCUCGGCUGCCUAAGAAGAAGGCCAGCGCGCCGAGUCUCAUUGGCAGGUUUACCCGCGGCAACAAAGACAAGGAUGCAGGGCCCGUCAUACCCAGCAUCAAGCCGGAGUCGCGGUCUCUCCACAGCCGUUCCAGCAGCAGCAAGGGCGGUCACAUCCCUCUCCAGGUGAACAUGCCUUCCGGAUACGACAAGUACGGCGCAGCCGAUGGUCUCGCAGGCCGGCCGCGCAUGAUGUCCACAGCUUCUGCCGGCCGUGUGCCGAAGAAGAGGUUCGAGCCCCGCGAGGCGGUCUCGACGCGCCAGACCGAAACCUCGGAGCUGGCGGCGUUCCUGCGCGACUCUGCCCCGCCAGACACCGGCUUGGAUACCCGGCUCGCGCGAGCGCCGUCCCACCGGGAAGAAAGCACCGGGUUCGCCAAGAUGUUCGGGCGAAAGAAGAAGAUUGGUGUGAACUAA